GCUGCCACAUUGUCAAAAUAAAAAUAAAUAAACCAAGGCACGCGACUGCAAUUUUUUGUAUUUGUAUUGUUUUCCUGUUUUGUCAACAUUAUUUUAGAUGAACGCGGUGAUAGCGCUAUGUCACUUUUGCGAGGCGCAUGGUCCCUGCGCAAUAUUCUGUACGCAAACGCUGCGUGACACCAAAAUCGAGGACCUCGUAAAUUUGGAGCAACCACAACAACCAGGACAAAAGACCUGCUCGGCGUGCAACUAUACGCUGGGGCGCAAUAACAAUAAUGCCAUCUACAGCAAGGACACCGAAAGCGGUGCCACAUUCGUCAGCACUAAAGUGGCCACACUGCAGGAGGUGGCGAAUCUUGUCAAGCAGGCGGCCGUUCGCAGUCUCAGCUGCGAGAUUAACACAAAUAAGGACAACAACGAUGGCGACGGCGGUUUCGUGUUCUUUGGUGACUCCACACGCGGUCACAUACUCAGUCACACAUUUCGCGUCAGCGAUCUUCAAGCGCGCGGCUACUAUCAACUAUUCUCAAUCAUUGUGCUGAUGAAGGACAAGUAUUUUCUGCUUAACACCAAACCAUUUCUGGCCGAACAUAUUCGUAAAAUCUCAAUGGAGCUUCAGGCGGGGGCUCAACGCACCAAGGCCGCCGAGGAGCUGAACUAUUCGGCGCGCCAGCGACGUCUGUCGGGUGCACAAUUUCUGAUGCCCACACCGCGUUCCUUGCUGGAAUUAACAGGAGAAGAGCAUGUGUUUGCCCAGUUACAUUCACAUUUCGCUUGGAUACUGCUGGCUGGUUCACGCUUUCUCACCGAGCACAUCACAUUCGGUAAUCUGCCGUGGUUACCCCCACAGAGCAGCGGACGCCCGCCUGCACAACGUCUCACAUACAACAGCUCCACGUUGCCCAUGAUACAAAUGUACGAAGAUGAUCCCGAACAGGAGGGUUUCUUCUCGCUACGACACAUCAAGAAAGUUGUGCACAAGGACGAUUUUGCUACCAUUUGCUAUUGUGCAUUGACGGGUGUCAAGAUCAUUGUGCGUGGUGCACCCGAAAGAACUGUGCUUUUUAUGAUGUGCCUGAAGAAACUGCUGCCCGAUCCCAUGCAUCAACUGAUGCGCAUCGAUGCACAGCAUCAGCAUUCCAUUAGCUCCGAAUACAAGAUCAUUUCGGUGUCUAAUGACAUUGCUGUGCCCAUGGCAAGCAGUUCAGUGUUUCGCAUUGAUUUCCUGGACAAGCACGUGAAUGGCAACGAUAUUGUGUCCGUUAAGUGGCCCGGGGAACUGCCCAGAAAGCUGCCUGAUCUUUUGGUGAAGCUGUUGAAGGCGGUCAAAGCUGUCGAGGAGAAAACGUUUACGGAGCUGGUGCUCAACAAGCAGACCAAAGUGCUCAUCGAAGAGUGGAAGAACAAAGUAAUCUGCCUUAACCAAGCCAAGUCCGGAAGUGUGCAGGCCAAGUUGAAGAAGGUAUUGGGCGUGCAGCCCCAGGAUCAGUCGCUUAUCAAUUACUGGAGCACACACUUGCAUUAGGAUCGAGUAUUUUUUUAGUUGUGUAUAUAUUGAAAUGGUAUUGUUCACUUUUUGGAAUAAAAAUUCUUUAUUGCCCCGAAGAGCGCAACGAUUUCCAUGAUCUUAACCGAAAAAGUGACGUCUAUAUAAGGUGUUUGUUCCACAAGAGGUCACCGCUUACUUCUUGUAACCGCAGCUGGAACGACGACCACGAGCACGCUCAAACUUGCGUCCCUUGGAGCGCACAUAUGGGCGAGUAUGCGAGUGUGGCACACCAGGAGCCUUGCCGAAGUGCUUGCAGGCGGUACGGGCAGUGCGUCUGCCUUGCA